GGCAGCCAUCAAUUGAUCGGAGCAUUAUCCAGUUCUCUCCUUUCGAGGUUCGCAUCAGGGGGCUCGACCAUCAAGCUACCUUUGGCGGAUAGAACCGCCAUGUCAAGAAUUUAAGGAGGCCGACGCCGGCGGGAGCGUCCAGACGACGUCCAGUCAGAGCUACCGCCGCCUAGCCGAGCGCCGUGGCGGCCGCGCCGCCGGUCAGGCCACCCGUUGCGACUGCACACGCGAGCUCGAUCGCCGAGCUCCUCCGCCCUGCCUGGAGUGGGAGCAACGGCCGCAGCCCCCAACGGGCAACGGCACAGUCUUCGUCGUCAACAGCGCCACGCCGCCGCAUCUCGGCUCUCUCCCUCUUUCCACGCGGGAUCUACGUGGCCCCUCUAUCCAUAUCCACAUCACAUUAAUGUGGGGCCUCGGCUGAACAUUCCCUGCCUCGACCACCGUGCCGGCGAGGCGGCAGCGGCGCCUGUAUAUAGGGCCCCCGGCGAGGCCACUGGGCACAACUACUCACCCUCCGAUCUCAGAUCAGUGGAGCACUCGCAGACACAGACAGAUGAAGCACUCGAGCAGCUUCUGCUUGCUCUUCUCCCUCGUGGUCGUGGCCCUCUGCAGCCUGGUCCAGGCACAGGUCCUCUUCCAGGGGUUCAACUGGGAGUCGUACAAGAAGCAGGGCGGCUGGUACAACAGCCUCAAGGCCCAGGUCGACGACAUCGCCAAGGCCGGUGUGACACACGUUUGGCUGCCUCCUCCCUCGCACUCCGUCGCCCCACAAGGAAACACCUCAGAUUAUUCGUCUUAAUUUGCAAUGAUCUGUGACUCGAAUAAAAUGCGUCGAUAAUCGCCACCGGCAGGUUACAUGCCGGGGCGCCUGUACGACCUGGACGCGUCGCGGUACGGCACGGCGGCGGAGCUCAAGUCCCUGAUCGCGGCGUUCCACGGCAGGGGCAUCCAGUGCGUCGCCGACAUCGUCAUCAACCACCGGUGCGCGGAGAAGAAGGACGCGCGCGGCGUCUACUGCAUCUUCGAGGGCGGGACGCCCGACGACCGCCUCGACUGGGGCCCCGGCAUGAUCUGCAGCGACGACACGCAGUACUCGGACGGCACGGGCCACCGCGACACCGGCGAGGGGUUCGCCGCGGCGCCCGACAUCGACCACGUUUUUUGCCCCCCUAUAGCGAGCAUUUCCUGAAUUGUACUUUUGUAUUUUCAUUUCGAAUUCGACAUGUAAACACUGUCAUCAUAAAACACAUAAAUAAACAAA